UGGGUCAAAGUAGGAAUAGGUAUGGCUCAUGCCAAAAGAUUACGACAGACCACACGGAAUUCAGGCUCUCUUGUGGAUAGCUCUAAGACGUCAGCUCGUGACAGUCACAGUAGGUUUCUUGUCGCUCUCAUCCAAACGCGCUCUCUCUCAAUUGCACUCCACUCUCCGUCCACCCACUACCGUUCCCCGAACUCCGGCACCACCAUCUCUCUCUAUAUAUACACCCAUACCACACACAAAUAUACUCUCUGUCACACCGGACCUUAAAUCACUCUUGCGAAUCCCAACUUUCCGGUGACGUUCACUGGUUGCCGGUUUGAAUCACCGUCCUCCGCCACUACGAUGAUCGUUUUUCCGAUAAGGACGGCGGAGAUAUGCUAGAUCCUUUUGCUGUUACUCACUUCCGAUCCAAAAUAUGGCUUCGCAAGCGCAAAAGAUCGUCGCUGAGGGAACUCUGAGAAGCUUAGAUAUACAAUCUCUGUUGUACAGUUUGUGAUUGUGCGUUUAGAUUUUUGCGUUUGACUGUUUAGGUUAAAUACUUUCAUGUGUACUGCAUAUGAAGGUGAGGUUAGGAGUGAAGGACUGAACAAUUUCAAACUGGGGAAUGAGAGUUUGGAAGGUUUAGAAUUGGAGGAGAUGAAUUUGAGUGCGGCGGCGGAUGAAGAAUCGCCUCACCAAAUUCGCCUUCCGGUUCCGGAGGAGAUUGACUGGGAAAUGCUAGACAAAUCUAGGUUUUUCUUCCUCGGCGCCGCCUUAUUCUCGGGCGUUUCGGCGGCGCUUUACCCCGUUGUGGUGCUGAAGACGCGGCAGCAAGUGUCGGAAUCUCGUCUCUCGUGUAUAACCACCGCGAUUUCCAUCGUGAAACACGAGGGUCCUCGCGGGCUGUACCGAGGAUUCGGGACUUCUUUGAUGGGCACUAUCCCUGCCAGAGCGCUAUACAUGGCUGCCCUAGAGAUUACCAAGAGCAAUCUAGGCACCGCCACGGUUAGCCUGGGGUUACCGGACCACACAGCAGCCGCCGUAGCCAAUGCCGCGGCUGGGCUGAGCGCCGCCGUGGCGGCGCAGCUGGUGUGGACCCCAGUAGACGUGGUGAGCCAGCGCCUGAUGAUUCAAGGCGGGUCACGGAAAUAUGUGAAUGGAAUCCAUGCUUUCAGCAAAAUUCUCAGCACGGAUGGGCCGAGAGGAUUGUACAGAGGAUUUGGGAUUUCAAUCCUCACAUAUGCUCCCUCAAACGCGGUUUGGUGGGCAUCCUACUCUGUUGCACAGAGGCUUGUUUGGAGCAGCUAUGGCUGUUACUUCCACAAGAGAGACAACAACAAUGGCGAUGGCGGGAGGAUCGGGUGUGACACCAAGACGGUUAUGGCGGUUCAGGGGUUGAGUGCCGCCAUGGCCGGGGGCAUAUCAGCGUUCAUUACAAUGCCGCUGGAUACAAUUAAGACGAGGCUGCAGGUUCUCGAUGGCGGGCCUAGCGUAGGACAAACACUGAGGAAUCUAGUUAGGGAGGGCGGGUGGAGAGCUUGUUACAGAGGCUUGGGUCCAAGGUGGGCAUCAAUGUCCAUGUCUGCCACCACCAUGAUCACCACCUAUGAAUUCUUGAAAAGGCUUUCCACAAAGAAUCAAGACUGUUGAUUGUAAAUUGUUUCACCUGUUAUACAUAGAGAUGUAUAUAUUCUCUGCUUCUCUGUCUCUGUCUUAUGCUCUGAAGAAAUAUAAGUAAACUUUCUUUCUGCU